CUCUCUCCCCUUUUAACCAUCAAAGCCUAGACUCUGUCCUCAACUAAUCCAUGAAACAACGUCUUGCAAAAUCCUCUUCUUCCACCAUUCUCUCUCUCUCUCUCUCUCUCUCUCUCUCUCUCUCUCUCUCUCUCUCUGUCUGUCUCUCUGUAGCUGAAGAAGGAGAAAAUCAAGAGAGAAGCAGAGAUGGGUCGGAGAAAGGACAUCACGGGAUCUCUCCAAAUCACGAGAGCAACGUUAUUGCCAAUGCUGUGCUCAAGAACAUCGAUAAAGAACGAGACAAUCCCGAAACCAGAAUCUCUCUCCCUCCAAGAUCAAGACCCUUUUUCGCCAAAGAUCAGUUGCAUUGGCCAAGUCAAGCGCAAUAACAAGAUCACUACCCUCCCCAUAAACACCACCACCACCACCAUUCGCAACAGCAGCAAACACAAUCACUACUCCAACCUCAAGAGCCUCUUCUCCGGCAAGAGCCUCUCCGUCACUACAAACCCUAAUUCUCCGACAAGAAGAAGAAGAAGAAGAAGAGGAUCGCAAGAGUUGGUGAAGAACAGUGAAGGGUCUGAUAAGAUUGAUGAGAGCAGUAAAGGGCUUGUCGCGGAUCUUGUGGACAUGGAUACACCGCUGCCGGUGGUGAAGAAGAAGCAAACAGGCGACAAGGCGGCGGAGAAUCUGUGGAAGAGGAGAUCCGGUGGCUUGGAGCUCAGGAGUUUGCAGAUUCAACAGAUACAGAACAAGAUGACACGUCAUCAGAUGCAGUUCACUACCACAGUUUGACUUAGUCAACGAUCUUGAUGAUCUUAAUCAAUGUAGAGAUUAAUUGAGGUUUUAUAUAUAUAUAUAGUCUAUAUAUUUGGUAUUGGUUUCUGUACAAAUUAAAACGAGACUUUGAUU